UCUCUAGCAUGACUAGAAGACCUUCUGGGGGAGGACGCCAACGCCUGUUCACACAACAGCAGGAACUUGCCGUUGUGGACCUAGUGAGGGCAGACAAUGCCAUCCGUCUCCACCAGCUACGACAGAAAAUACUUGCAGACAGCCAAGUGUUCAACAACAUAAACCAUGUGAGCAUCAGCACCAUCAGACGCAUCUUGGGAAAACACAACAUCACCAUGAAGCAGCUCUACAGGGUCCCAUUUGAGAGGAACAGCGUCAGGGUCAAAGGACUUCGAGCUGAAUAUGUACGGAGAAUCUUGGCCAUGGAUGGAGCUGCACAGCCUCAUGAAUUCAUUUUCAUUGAUGAAGCUGGAUUUGACCUGAGCAAAACAAGACGACGGGGUCGUAAUGUAAUUGGCCAAAGGGCAAUUGUGCACGUCCCGGGGCAGCGCGGGGGAAAUAUCACAUUGUGUGCCGCCAUAAGCCUUCGGGGGCUUCUGCAUCAUCAUGCAAAACUAGGUCCAUACAAUAGCCAACAUAUACUCACAUUUCUAGAUGCUCUCCAUAAUAUAGUUGUACAGAACAGACCAGAUCAGCCCAGGUUUGUGGUGGUAGGGGAUAAUGUCAGUUUCCAUCGGGCUGCUCUGGUCUAG